CAGCUUUGGAAAUUCUUGCAAUCAGUGGCAUGGAAGCUUCCACUCAGCUCAACGGUGUCAACGAAAUAUCCAAGUCUAUUGGUAUUGUAGGCAACUAUGAUGAAAUGGGUUUAGGGAAACUUUACCGCGACAAGUUGUCACCUGAUGCUGAUCCAGUUGUGCACAUGUCAGUUUCCAAAGCAGAGAAGCGACUGAAAAAGCUCGAGAGGGAUUAUCAACAUACCUACGAGAAUUACAAUGAAAUCCGAUCAAACAGGUAUAGGUUCUACAUUGAAGCAAAGCAUUCUACGUAUCGCAGUCGACAGGCUGGAAACUGUAUCAAAUAUUACAACAAUCUGCGAGAGCAACUGCAGAAUAAUCUUGACAAAUUGAAAAAAGCAGAAGAAACACAGAGAGGAGUAGAAAAGCCUGAUCACUGCAAGCGAGUGUCGAUGCAGCACGGUUGUAAAAGCUUGACCCAAGAAAAGAGGAUACUUCAACUGAUAGGAGAAAGACAACAACAACACCUGGAAAACAAUGACCUUGGUCAAGAAACAAUUCAUUUCACGAAAAUAAGCUGGGAGUUCGACUACAGUCAAAGUAAAAUUCCAAAAAGUAGCAACAGCAAAACAGUACAUAAUCUGCUGAGGAGAUUUAAAGACACGGAGAAGUUGAAGGAUAAAGCCGUUGCCAAUGGUGAACUUGUUAACAACCCAACUAGUCAGGACAACUUGACAAUUUCUAUAGAGAUGGAAAUAAAACUUCUGACAAAGGUAAUCAAAAAGCUUGAAAGAGAAAGAGGGAUAGAGACAAGGACUGAUUAUGGUCACGAGGAAAAGAUCAAGCAUCUAGAGAAAAAAUGUGAAAUGAUAUGCGGAAAAUGGGAUGAAGAAAAGAAGUAUAUUGUAGGGUUGAAGAACAUACAUGAUGGGCUGGUUAUAAGCUUGUAAUAUCUCCCAGCCGUAUAAUUUCCCUUUGCAAGCUUAUCAUGUCCUUGAGCUUAUAACAGUGUUUCUUCCCACCCACUGUAGUCUGGUUUACCAAUCAUAUCAGUGCUUGUGGCUACAAUCACUGGCCUAUCAAAAUUUGUUCUACAAGAUUGUAACAUAUCAAUAUUCCUAGAUAGAAAUUGAGAUGGUUACAACUCCACUAGAGGAAACAGCACUAGAGGAAGUGGAG